CCGUUCUUAUUAUACAUCAAUGUGCUGGGCAGGGUUAGGGAAUUAACGGGCGUACUGUUGCAGUUAUUUUAAUCGCUUCGAUCAAAACAGUGAUUUGUCGACUACACUUCAGGCCUCGGCCUCAAGGUGGGGCAGAACAAAGUAGGUGGUGGGGCAGGAAGGCCUAGGCCCCCCCAUCCUGACAAGAGGCCAGACCCAGCUUCUGCUCCAGUAGCCCAUAGCCUCUUCAGGACCAAGUAGGGACCAUGAGCACAGGCAAGCCCAGCGGAAUCAAGCCUCCCAGCAAGAUAAGCAGGCCAACUGGAUUACCAACACGCACCUCCCCUUCCUCUACUGCUCCAAAGCCUGUACCUCCUGAGAAGUCUCCCACCCAGGAUGGAGAAAUGGACUACCAGGUGGGGGAGAAGGUGUGGGUCAACGGCAACAAGCCAGGAUAUGUCCACUUCCUGGGGGGCACGCAGUUUGCCCCAGGCCAGUGGGCCGGCAUCGUCCUGGAUGAGGCCAUCGGAAAGAAUGACGGGUCGGUGGCGGGGGUCCAGUACUUCCAGUGCGAGGACGGCAGAGGAAUAUUCACACGCCCCUCCAAGCUGACCAAGACGGCUAUGCCAGAGAUGGAGGCCAACUGUGGGCAGCCUAACCCUGGCGAGACAGGGGCAAACUCCCCUACCGCUGCUGCUGCUGGGGCUGCUAAUACCACUGGUAACAGCACCAAGACACCGCUGAGCAGAACCAUGACGGGCAGUGGGUCAGUGUCCAACCUCUCUGAGACAGACUCAGCCAAGAAGACCAGAAGAGAAUUGAGACUGGGAGACCGCGUGCUGGUGGGAGGUAAUAAGUCGGGGGUGGUGAGGUUCAUGGGGGAGACAGAGUUUGCCAAGGGGGAGUGGUGUGGAGUGGAGCUGGACGAACCACUUGGGAAGAAUGAUGGAGCCGUGGCUGGAUCCAGGUAUUUCCAGUGCCUGCCGCGGUACGGCCUGUUUGCGCCGGUCCACAAGGUGAGUCGUAUCGGCUUCCCCAGCACCCUGGCUAAAGCCAAGGCCUCCUCACGGAGACACUCCACCAUGAAGAGGAGUCCUAGCGCCUCCUCCUUGAGCUCCCUGAGCUCUGUCACCUCCUCUGUUAGUGGGAAACCCAGCCGCUCUGGCCUGCUGACCGAGACCUCUUCGCGGUAUGCUCGUAAGAUCUCUGGCACUACAGCGCUACAGGAAGCCCUGAAGGAGAAGCAGCAGCACAUCGAGCAGCUAUUGGCCGAGAGGGACAUGGAACGCGGGGAGGUCGCCAAGGCAACCAGCCAUGCUGGGGAGGUGCAGCAGGAACUGUCACUGCUCACGAAGGUUCAGGGGCAGUAUGCUAUGGAGAUGGAGGCUAAGCUAGAUCAACUGCGUGAACUGGUGGAGACAGCAGACAGAGACAAGGUGGAGCUUCUGAACCAACUGGAGGAAGAGAAGAGGAAAGUGGAAGACCUGCAGUUCACUGUGGAGGAAGCUUGCAUCACUAAAGGUGACCUAGAGGUGGCCACAGUGUCUGAGCGGUCUAGGAUCAUGGAGCUGGAGAGAGAGGUCGUGGAGCUGCAGUUGAGACUACGGUCCUCCCAGCAGACAGAGGGUGCUGUGUCGCUGUCACCAGAGGAGCUCAGCGACCUCAAGGCCCGGGCCCAGUCCCAGGAGAAGAAGAUCAGCGAAAUUAGUGUGGAGCUGGACAACAGGCAGGAACAGCUUCGCUCUGUGGAGGAGGACAAAAUCUCCCUGGAACAGCAGCUAAUCAGCCUGAGACAGAAACUGGACGCUGCAGAGAAAGACAACACGACGAUGGCACAAACCAUGCAUGAGCUGGAGAACAGAGUGGCGCAGGCGGGAAAAGAGAGGGAGGCACAGAGAGAAGAGAACCAAUGCAAAGAGAAAGAGCUUCAGGAUAGACUGACGCAGGCUGCUGAGUCGUCAGAGAGGACCACCCACUCCGUCGAGCAGCUGACCAAUGAGAAGACAGCGCUGGAGGCUCAGCUCGAGGCGCUGAAACGACAGAAUUCCAAAUACCAGGAAGAACUCAGUCUCUCGCAGGAGCGGAGCAGCUCGGAAAACCAGCGCAUCGGAAAUCUGUGCAAGGAAAUUGAGGAACUGAAGCUGAACAGUCAUAAGUCUCAGUACCAGCAAGACAUGAAAGACAGGGAAACUCUAUCCAACCAGGAGACAGGGGAGGAGAGAAACUUCCAGAAGACAGAUAAGGACAAGGAGCUGGAGACUCUGAGGAAUGAGAUUGUGGUGCUGCAAGGUGAGAACGCCAUAGCCAAGACGCUGCAGUCUGCCGUUGAGGCGCUGGAGAGAGACAAGGCCCAACUACAGGGAUGUGUCACCAGCCUGGAGCAGAGGCUCAUGGGACAGCAGGCCUCCGAGGGAGGGGACAGUGGAAUGCCUUCCUCAGGUGACGCAGUUCUGGACCAGCUGAGAGAAGAGAAGGAGUUUGCAGAGGGACAGAUUAACUUCCUGAACAGUGUGAUCGUGGACCUGCAGAGGAAGAACGAGGAGUUGAAGGUGAAGCUGAAGAAGAUGGUUCUGGCUGAGUUCAACGGCGGCACUGACGGUUUGGAAGAGUGUGGAUCUAAGAAGGACAAGAAGGCUCCUCCUCGUCUGUUCUGUGAUAUCUGUGACUGUUUCGACCUCCAUGACACCGAAGAUUGUCCGACCCAGGCCCAGAGCCCUGACUCAGUGCCCCACUCUUCCUUCAAGGGCAAGCCAGCCGACCAGCGGCCGUACUGCGACAUCUGUGAGGCCUUUGGUCACUCCACAGAGUCCUGCCAAGAUGACCAGACCUUCUAGACUCACUCUCAUCCAAAGUAUCCCACCCCUGCCCUGCACAGAACGCCAAACACCGACCAGACUCCCUCUGGGUUUUUAUAUCGUAUUUAUGUACGUCACUCACUGUCAUAGUCCACUUAGGUAACUCAAAAUCCCCCGCUCCCUAAGACUCUCCUAUUACUUCUACUACUUCCUCUCACUAACUUUUCUCUCCCCCCUCUCCAACUCUCCUUUCCUCGCUUUCCUCCUUCUUGCUAACUCUCCUC